UUUUUUUUAUCAAAAGUCUUUUUUCCAUGAUGUCAUCAUUGCCCUGAGACAAGCCGUGGGCUCAGGGAUCACUUGUCUUUGUAAAGCAAAGAAAGGAUGCAUGGGAAACUUGGAGCCUCACAAUGUGUGCACUGACUGGGGCCUGUUGUGCUGCUGCAGGCCUUUAAUCCCAGCACUCAGGAGGCAGAGGCAGUCCAAUCUCUUGAGUUUGAGGCUAGCCUGGUCUACAGAGUGAGUUCCAGGGCAGCCAAAGCUACACAGAGAAACCCUGUCUCGAAAAGACAAAAUAAAUAAAUACUCUUUAAUAAACUUUCUAGCCAGGCAGUGGUGGCACACACCUUUAAUCCCAGCACUUGGGAGGCAGAGGCAGGCAGAUUUCUGAGUUCGAGGCCAGCCUGAUCUACAGAGUGAGUUCCAGGACAGCCAGGGCUAUACAGAAAAACCCCGUCUGGGGGCAGGCACAAAAACAAAAAACUAUGCCUGUGGUGCCUAUUAGCAUAUCAAGGUCUAUGCUAGGCUCUAGGGUCCCUCAUUCCCUAUUCAGAAGUACCUGUUACUGAGUAAUUCUGGCUGGAGUACCCCAUCCCCUACCGUAAACCUCUCCCGAGCCUACCCCCAGCUUCUCUUCCCCCUCCCCCAGCUUCUCUUCCCUUCCCCAAGCUUCUCUUUCUCAGCCAGUUUGGCUAAGAACUCUAUUGGCUUCCCUCUUAGCUCCACACUUGGGCCUCUGCAUCUCUCUUCACCUACCUGCAUUCUCUCCCCUUCCCUCUCUUUUCUCUCCUUUUCUCUGCCUACCCCUCUGCCAACGCUCCUCUCGUGGUCCUCUAUUCUGCUACCUAUAUUCAGUCUUCCAGAUGCCUCUGGCUAUGAUCUCCAUAAAAACCUCUUCAACCAUACCCAGGAGCAGUCAUGUCCUCAUUUCCAUUCAAAGAGCACCUACAUGUUCCCUUUUAAUUCUGCGUCCUCAUGAGUGCUCACAUCCAGAAUGUGAUCACUUUAUCAACGGUAAGGGCAAAACCUCCCACACAAAAAUUAAGAUUGAGGCUUGAGGAUUUAGCUCAGUGGUAGAGUACUUGCCUAGCAAGUGCAAAGCCCUGGGUUCGGUUCUAAACUCUGAAAAAGAAAAGACAAAAUAACAAAACAAAACAAAAAACUAAGAUUGAGCAAGUGCUUUGCAGAAAAACAAAACAAAAAACCUAGGAGGCAGUAGAUGAUGAAAAGUUGCUUGACCUCAGUACUAAGACGGCUGCAAACAAACUGGAAUCGCUUGCGCCAAAGGACAAGAUAGAAGGCUGGCACAGGCCGAGAGGCAGGCACGCCACAGGGAGACCCCUCCACCCUGCAGCUAGUGCACCUGUGGGAACUUUUAGUUUGAAGUCUUGGGGGGAGGGGCAUUAAGGAAUUUUGUUUUUGUUUUUUAAUGUAUGUAUAGGGGAGGAAGGUAUGUGCAGGUGCCUGCAGAAUCCAGAAAACCUCGUAGGAAGCCCUGGAGCUAGACUUACAGGUGGUUGUGAGCCCGGGUAGUAGGCUUGGAGCCUGUGAAAGAGCAGUACACGGUCAUAACGUGGUCAUAACCGCAUAAUCUCUCCAGUGGCGGAGUCUAACUUUUUUUAAACUCUAGGAUGCCAUUUCCUGGGCUUGAGCGAACAUUUGGUAAGCACUUGUUCUAGAUAUCCCAUACUAUCUGUAGUCAGACGCUCACUCUCCAAAGUGACAAGAUGAAUAGAAUGGAAAUGGAAAUAUAGCUGAGUUAUUUCUAGCAAACAUUUUAGAGUUUGCAAAACAUAGAAUGGCUACAAGUCGUGGAUGAAAGCUCAGAGUCUGGAAAGGAAGGAAGGACACUUUCCUGCAGGCACAGAUAAUGGAACAUAAAGACAUCUGAAACGCUGUAAGCCCCGGGAAAGAUCCGACUAGGUCCAAUGACAGCCCAAGAUGGCCACCUUCCUCCGUGGGUGUGGCUCUGAGCUGUCUUCGUCCAAUAGAAAUAGUCAGGGGCUGGGGGGGCGGGGCUAGAUUUUGCUACCUAUCAUUGGUCAGGUGAGAGACCAAUCGCGUCGAAUCUUGUUAGAACCAGCCCCCUAGCAACGCAAGGAGCUGCUAAGAAGACUCAGCUCGUGGCAGUCUCUGCUACCACACAAGGAGCCUGGGACUCUGUGGUCUGCAGAAAUGGAAUGCGACUUGUCUACGAACCCCGGAUAUCCUCCCGCUACUUCCAAAGGCCAGAUGAUGGAGGAGCGUGCCAACCUAAUGCACAUGAUGAAACUCAGCAUUAAGGUCUUACUCCAGUCUGCCCUUAGCCUGGGACGCAGUCUGGAUGCAGACUAUGCCCCCUUGCAGCAGUUCUUUGUAGUGAUGGAGCAUUGCCUCAAACAUGGGCUGAAAGUCAAGAAGAGUUUCAUUGGCCAAAAUAAGUCUUUCUUUGGUCCUUUGGAGCUGGUGGAAAAACUUUGUCCUGAAGCAUCAGAUAUAGCUACCAGUGUCAGGAAUCUUCCAGAACUAAAGACAGCCGUGGGAAGAGGCAGAGCGUGGCUUUAUCUUGCUCUCAUGCAAAAGAAACUGGCAGAUUAUCUGAAAGUCCUCAUAGACAACAAGCAGCUCCUAAGUGAGUUCUAUGAGCCCGAGGCCUUAAUGAUGGAGGAGGAAGGAAUGGUGAUCGUGGGUCUGCUGGUGGGACUCAACGUUCUGGAUGCCAACCUCUGCUUAAAGGGAGAAGACUUGGAUUCUCAGGUCGGGGUGAUUGACUUCUCUCUCUGUCUGAAGGACGCACAGGAUCUUGACAGCGGCAGAGAGCAUGAAAGAAUUACCGAUGUCCUUGAUCAGAAAAAUUACGUGGAGGAACUUAACCGGCACCUAAGCUGCACAGUUGGGGAUCUUCAGACGAAGAUAGAUGGCUUGGAAAAGACGAACUCAAAGCUUCAAGAAGAGCUUUCAGCUGCAACAGACCGAAUUUGUUCCCUACAAAAAGAACAACAGCAGCUGAGAGAACAGAACGAAGUAAUUCGAGAAAGAAGCGAGAAGAGCGUGGAGAUAACAAAACAGGACACCAAGGUUGAACUGGAGACUUAUAAGCAGACCCGGCAGGGCCUGGAUGAAAUGUACAGCGAUGUGUGGAAACAGCUGAAGGAGGAGAAGAAAGUCCGACUGGAACUGGAAAAGGAGCUGGAGUUGCAGAUUGGAAUGAAGACGGAGAUGGAGAUCGCCAUGAAGUUGCUGGAGAAGGACACCCAUGAGAAGCAAGACACGCUCGUUGCCCUCCGCCAGCAGCUGGAGGAAGUCAAAGCUAUUAACUUACAGAUGUUUCACAAAGUUCAGAGUGCAGAGAGCAGUUUACAGCAGAAGAAUGAAGCCAUCGCAUCUUUUGAAGGAAAAACCACUCAGGUGAUGUCCAGCAUGAAGCAAAUGGAGGAAAGGUUACAGCAGGCGGAACGGGCCAGGCAGGCGGCAGAAGAGCGAAGCCACAAGUUGCAGCAGGAGCUCAGCGGGAGGGGCAGUGCCCUGCAGCUCCAGCUGUCCCAGCUGCGGGACCAAUGCUCAGGUCUAGAGAAAGAACUGAAGUCAGAAAAAGAACAAAGACAAGCUCUCCAGAGAGAACUACAGCGUGAGAAAGACACCUCUUGUCUGCUCCAGACGGAGCUGCAGCAAGUGGAAGGCCUGAAGAAGGAGCUGCGGGAGCUCCAAGACGAGAAGGCAGAGUUACGGAAGGUCUGUGAGGAGCAGGAGCAAGCCCUCCAGGAAAUGGGACUACACCUUAGCCAGUCCAAACUGAAGAUGGAAGACAUAAAGGAAGUAAAUAAGGCACUGAAGGGCCACACAUGGUUGAAAGAUGACGAGGCAACACAUUGUAAGCAGUGUGAGAAGGACUUCUCCAUUUCUCGGAGGAAGCACCACUGCCGAAACUGUGGCCACAUUUUCUGCAACACCUGCUCUAGCAACGAGCUGGCCCUGCCCUCCUACCCUAAGCCAGUGCGUGUGUGUGACAGCUGCCAUACCCUGCUACUGCAGCGCUGCUCCUCCACUGCCUCCUGAAGCCAUCAGCCCCACCCACCAGCAGGGACCUUGACCUGUUGACCUCCAUCCUCAGAGUGGAGGAAAGCCUCAGGUACAGUGCCAAACUUGGGAUCUCCAGAGACCUGUAGGGACCCAAGAGAAUCAAAGGAAAGAAUGAAACCUUCACCAGGCUGUCAGCCUCGGAAGAGAAUGCCAAGUGGCAGCUGAGCACUUUUCCAUGGUCUCUAUGGAGUCAUCUCCUCUAGACAGACACUUCUGUGUCCUCAGUUAAAUCCUGGCUUUGGUACAGGUGCAACUUCAUGACUUUGCUACUGUCACCUUCACUUUUCAAAGGGUUAACCUGUUGUGCAGCAGUUGCACUAGAGAAUCCUUUCUCUUUCCUACCCACGUCCCACAGAAACCUUGAUUUCUGCUGUGCUUUGAACCUUGUGGGUCUGUCAGUGUGCCUUGUCUGCUUCGGCAUCCAGCAUUUGCCAUCAUGCUCCUGCCAACACCUACUGUCAGCCCUGCAAUAAAAUCCUUUAUUUUUCACUCUUGUACAGACAAA